AUGGGAUCUCAAUUUGAAUUUUCUUAUAAACCGCCAGGAUGGUACAGAUUAGCUAGCUAUGAUUUCUUAUUAUGGGCAUUAUCGAUUGUGUUUGAUUGCUUCUUCAGGGAAAUACGACCGCGAGGCGCUUUCAAGAUUCCGCAUGAAGGUCCAGUUAUAUUCGUUGCGGCACCUCAUCAUAAUCAAUUUGUUGACCCGAUCAUUCUAAUGAAUCAAGUUAAACGCGAAGCCAAUAGGAGAAUAUCAUUUUUGAUUGCUGCAAAAUCGUACAAGUUGAAGAUGGUUGGAUCAAUGGCGAAAUGCCAAUUAAGUAUCCCCGUUGUGCGACCACAAGAUAAUUUAGUUAAAGGGUUGGGUAAGAUCUUUGUUGAUCCAAAGGAUCCUUGUCACAUUAUAGGUAAAGGAACAAAGUUCACCGAGGAAUGUAUGGUGAGGGGGCUAAUUGCUUUACCACAAUCUUUAGGCGCCACUGAAAUUGCAGAGAUUAUAUCUGACACUGAACUAAUCAUACGCAAGGAGUUUAAACAAUCGGAUAAAGUACAACACUUGUUGACUAUUGGUACAUCAUAUAAAAAAGCUGAUAAAAUUGACCAAAAAAAUGUUUACAAAAUGGUAUUUGACCACUUACUGCACAACAAUUGCCUUGGGAUAUUUCCUGAGGGUGGCUCACAUGAUCGUCCAGACUUGUUACCAUUAAAAGCAGGUGUUGCAGUUAUGGCUUUGGGUGCUAUGGAGAAAUACUCGAAUUGUAACGUCACGAUUGUACCGUGCGGAAUGAAUUACUUUAGUGCUCAUAAAUUUAGAUCAAGAGCAGUUGUUGAAUUUGGAGAUCCAAUUGUUAUACUGAAGGAUUUAGUCAAGAAAUAUUCAAAUCAUGAAACUAGUAAAGAAGCAGUUAGGGAACUAUUGGACUUGAUUAGUACAGGGUUGAAAGCAGUCACUGUAACCUGUGAAGACUACGAGACAUUGAUGUUGAUACAAGCGGCUAGAAGACUAUAUGCUGGAAACUUUGCCCAGCAAUUACCGUUGCCUCUUAUAGUUGAGAUGAACAGAAGGCUAGUCAAUGGAUAUCAACAUUAUAAAGACCAACCAGUAAUUAAAGAAUUGAAAAAAAAAGUAUUAAAGUAUAAUGAGCUUUUGAAAAGUUUGCAUCUACCGGACCACCAUGUUGAAGAUUGUCAAGAAGAAGUAAACAAAGUUAAGUUGAUUCCCAUCUUGAUUCUUCGUGUGCUCAAGCUUGUAUUUUUAUUUACCUUGGCUCUCCCCGGAGCAACAUUGUUUGCUCCAGUUUUUGCCUCAUCAAAGUUUAUUUCGAAAAAGAAGGCCAAGGAGGCAUUGGCAAAUUCAGAGGUAAAAAUCGAAGCUAACGAUGUGCUUGCCACUUGGAAAAUCUUAGUUGCCAUGGGUAUUGCUCCAAUUGUUUAUUCGUUCUAUGCUUCUGUUGGUACUUAUUACUGUUUUACGCAUGAUAUUUUGUCGUCUUUCAAAUUAUUUUGGUUGUGGGUCUUUUUGUAUGUGUGCGGUGUGUUGGUAACUUACAGUGCAUUAUUGAUUGGUGAGCAAGGUGUCGACUUGCUCAAAUCAAUCAGACCAUUGUACUUAUCAAUAAGUUCUGGUUCUUCCAUCCGGCAGUUGAAAAAGAUGAGAAAGGAAUUGAGUGAAGAAAUCACAGAAGUGGUAAAUACUUAUGGACCAGAAUUGUAUCCUACAGAUUUCAACUUGCUAGAGUUGAAAAACUCGUUGAAAAUAAGUGACGAUGUGAAAUACAUCCCCUCAGACGAGGAAGAAGACCGCAAGACUGAAGAGUUGAAGUAUAGGAGACGUCUUAGAAGAAAAGCUGAAAGAAAAUCAAACAUGGAUGUUUCUAGUGAAGAAACUGCCAUUUCCAAUUCGUCAUCAAUGUCCGAUGUAAUGUCCCUAUUAACGUCGGAUCCCAAAUCCUAUACAAACUUACCCAUUUUUAGUGACUAUCACCUACACAAGAAUGUGAAUAAUCCAAAUUUGGAUUUGGAUCCACAGUCGAAGGAUAGUUCAAGCGUAUCGCUUUAUGAGGAUAGCAAAAAAUGUGCACAAAAUAAUCAUUAUCAACAACAACAACAACAACAACAACACAGCUAUAUAUCUAGUCCAUUACGCGGUAGAUCAUCCGAGGAACAUAUUGAAUUAAAUUUCUCAAAUGAAACUCGGUUGAGGAACAAGAUUAAAGAUAAAGUGAGACAAAAUAGAAAAGUAUAG